AUGGCGCGAGACAGGCUUGGUAACGUAAACCGCCAAUACGGGUCCGUGCCUCCUCUUUUGAUCCAGACCGUUAUUGACCCUAGACUAUAUAGCGAACAGCCCAACCCAGCCCCUACCUACCCUCCUCCAGGAAACGGCGUGAUCGCCCCCUCCCGCGCUCCCAACCCCUAUGCCCAGCAAAACACCGCGUACGGUGCCAACGCCGGUAACCCUUACCAAAAUCAGGGCGGCGACCCUUACGCCGGUGCUGCCUACGGCCAGCAGCAAAGCUACGCCAUGGGCGGUGUCAAUGGCGGCGGCGGAGGUGAUUUCUGGACCGAAUUGACCAACACCAACUCUGCCCUGAGCCAGCUCCAGGAGCAGAUCCAGGCUGUCAGGCAGGCGCACCAGGCGAGCUUGUCGUCCACCGACCCCGAGGCUGCCGGGUACGCUGCCAAGCUCAACGACCAGGCGCGUACUCUGCGAGAAGAGUGCAAGGACCAGAUCAAGCUGCUCUACAAGUCUGCCAAGGGCGACCGUGCGCAGAGGACGCAGGCGGAGGGUGUCAAGACCCGAUUCCAGGGUCUCUUGCAAGAGCACCAGGUGAUUGAAAAGGAGUUUAGGAAAAAAGUCAAGGACAGAGUCGAGAGGCAGUACAGGAUUGUCAAGCCUGACGCGACCGAGGAUGAGAUUAGGCAGGCUACCGAGUCUGACAACCCUCAAGUGUUUUCUCAAGCCCUGUUAAACUCCAACCGAUACGGUUCAGCCCGAGGCGCUUUCCGAGAAGUCCAAGAACGUCAUGCCGAAAUCCAAAAGAUUGAAAAGACCCUCACAGAACUCGCCCAGAUGUUCCAGGAGAUGGCCAUGCUCGUCGAACAGCAAGACGAGACGAUUGUCAAUGUCGAGCAGCAGGCGCAGGGUGUUGACCAGGAUAUCUCGGCCGGACUAGUACAGACGGACCGGGCGGUGGAGAGUGCUCGAAAGGCCAGGAGAAAGAAGUGGAUCUGCUUCUGGAUUGUCGUCGUCAUCUUGUGUAUCAUUGCCCUUGUUCUCGGUAUCUACUUUGGUACCAGGAGGAACUAA